UCCCGGUUCAAAUGCAAUCCGAUAUCGGGUCCGCUUUUCAUAUGGCCUUCUCGAGGUUCGGUUCUCUCAGUCCAUUACGUAGGUCUGCCCUCUCUCUCCCACCUGUCCUUUCUUAUUCCGCCGCCUCGUUCGCCCCGCUUUCAAGAGCUUUCUCUGCCACCGCUAGCGUUCGCGACAAGCCUUCCAUUUGUACCGCCGACGAGCUCCACUAUGUCUCCGCUCCCAAUUCUGAUUGGCGCCUUGCCCUCUGGCGCUAUCAUCCUCCUCCUCAGGCUCCCCCGAGAAAUCAUCCCUUGUUAUUGUUAUCUGGAGUGGGGACUAACGCCAUCGGAUACGAUCUUUCUCCUGAGUCUUCAUUUGCGAGAUACAUGUCUGGCCAAGGAUUUGAGACAUGGAUUCUUGAAGUUCGUGGUACAGGACUCAGUGUGCAGGGAUCAAAUUUCAAAGAAAUCAAGGAAAAUGCUGAUGCAGUAUCUGAGCUGAUGGAAGCUGUUGCUAAGGGUGGAGUUUCCCCUAUGCAGCAGCCAAAUAAUGUUUCUGGUUCAUUUUCAGAUUCAGAUUUUGAGCUUUCUUUUCUUGGAGUAGAUUCAAUAGGGAUCGCAACAGCAUGGGAUGAAUCAAAAUUAGUUUCGAAGUUGACAGAAAUUUUGAUGCGUUUGUCUGAGAGACUUUCUGGCUUUCUCAGUGAUGGCCAAUCAAGGCUCAUCUCUGCUAAAUUUUUUGAUCAAACAUCAAAACUUUUGGAAGGUUCUCAGUUGUCUGAACGCUUUGAGGAGGUGAGGGUGAAACUUUCCAACUCAUUGGAAAAACAGCAAAACUCUGGUAUUGCUAGCCAAAUUAGAGAUCUGAGUGAAAGGCUGGUAAAUAUUAUUGAAGAAGGCCAACGAUCUGUUUCAACUCAGUUUUUCGAUAUGCAAGAGCGGCUUUCAUCAACAAUAGAAGGUUUUCAGAAACAACUUGACUUGAUUGUGAAGUAUGAUUGGGAUUUUGAUCACUAUCUGGAGGAGGAUGUUCCUGCUGCGAUGGAAUACAUAAGAGCACAGACAAAGCCGAAGGAUGGAAAACUACUUGCAGUUGGUCAUUCAAUGGGAGGCAUAUUGCUUUAUGCUAUGCUGUCACGGUGUGGUUUUGAAAGAAGGGAACCUGAGCUUAAGGCUAUUGUUACAUUGGCAUCAUCACUUGAUUACAAAUGUUCAAAUUCCGCACUCAAAUUGCUCGUACCGCUUGCAGAUCCUGCACAAGCUCUUAAUUUACCUGUUGUUCCAUUAGGAACCCUUUUGGCAGCUGCAUAUCCUCUAUCAUUUCGGCCUCCAUGCGUCUUAGGUUGGCUAAAUAAUCUAAUAUCAGCAGAGGACAUGAUGCAUCCUGAGUUGCUAAAAAAACUCAUCUUAAACAGCUUCUGUACUAUACCAGCUAAACUUCUUCUACAGCUCACGUCAGCUUUUCGAGAAUGGGGGCUGUCUGAUAGGACUGGUAAAUUUUUCUUCAAGGAUCAUAUACAUAAAACCAAUGUACCCGUCCUGGCUAUUGCAGGAGAUCGAGAUCUAAUCUGUCCACCAGAAGCUGUAGAAGGCAGUGGAGCAAGUUUACCCGUGUAUAGUCCAGUUUCUCAGUCGAUACGACGGUUGAACAUAAUGAAAGCUGCGCCGAGAAACAUCACUGCAAAAUAUUUGGUGGAAGCAGCAGAUGUUCAUUUCCCGGGCAACGUUGGGUACCAUUUGCUGAACUAUUGCCAAUGUUGCAUGUUCAAAGGAGGUUCAACUAAGGGGGGCUGGAGUGAAUUGGCAAACUAUUUUACUCUGCAGGUUAACCAUGCAUGGCCCAUGGCAACUAUCAGCUUCCCACCAAGGACACACAACCGGAACAAUAUGCGAAUUGCCGACAAGUCUCGACAGCGCCUUCUCGAUCUCUUUCCCUCGAGAAUCUUGGUGGUCGGUCGAGCUCGUAAACUGUUGGGUUCACCCCCAUUCCGCACAACAGCCUCUUGGCAGCAUGGCACAUGCAGCAACUGCUCACGCCGAAUAUCACCACCGCGGCCAGCUGCACCACCCUUGCGCGCGUAA